AUGGACACGAAUCAUGAUGUGAUGGAUUCUUAUGAAUCAACAGAAAAUGCACUUUUAGACUCAUUUAAAGCAGCAGCACUUAAAGUAACCACACUUUAUAAAGACUCAUUAUCACAGAACCGAAAAGCUUAUGCAGCAGGAUAUCAACAAGCACUUCAAGAUCUGUAUGAAUUCUUAAGUAGUACACCUGAACAUGGCAUGAUUCCAGUAGGAGAUGUACUGCAAUUUGCUCGACAAAGAAACAGUCAGCUAGUUCAUGAGAUGAAGGGUAUACCUCAUAAGGAACAACCAUCUCAACCACCACCCAAGAAUCCAUUCUCGAUUGAUCCUCAAUCACAAUUCACAUUUACUCAUGAUGUGAAUCCAUCACAACGCCAUGAUGUAUGGGAUACUACAACAACAGACAAUAAUAGCAACAAACGAAGGCUAUUCAAUGAACUAUCAUUUAUGGGAAGACCAAUGAAUCUGGAUAACUGGCAAGAACAACCUUCCAAGAGAAACAAACGAGGUGAAGAAGAACCUCAAUCAUCCUUUCAACCCUUUUUUCCACCAUUGUAA